AUGUCCAGCACCAGCACCCAAGUUCAACUCAGCGACGGAGCAAAGCUUCACGUCUGGCUUCUCGGUUCCGAAAACAAGACCAAGCCACUUGUCAUUGUUCUUCACGGCGCCCCAGGACUGUCCAGUCACACAUCGACCGAGUCCGCAUACAAGUUCCUUGCUGAGAAAUUCCGUGUGCUCGUCUAUGAUGCUCGGGGCAGUGGCGCUAGCGACAUCAAAGGCCCCUUUACUGAUGAGCGUUGGAUCACUGAUGUUGACGAGCUCAGGGAGUGGGUGGGAGUCGAAACAUUCAUCCUGGCUGGAUAUUCCUACGGAGGGUUCCUUGCGCUAACCUACGCCUUGGCAUUUCCCAACCGUCUCUCUGGCUUGAUCCUACAGAACACAUGGGCAUGCGGGCCCCUUGGAACUCAUCGAGUCCUUGCUUCCCUUUUGACUUCGAACCGUAUUAAGCCGGAUCCCGCUCGACAGGCCAGACUAUGGUCUGGAAAUGUGAGAGACAAGGAGGACGCCGAACAAGGUCUUGCCGAGAUCAUCGCCAUCUACACCCCUGAGAAGGACGAACCAUCAUCCGAGCCACCCUCUUUCGACUCAUUCGAGAGUGCAGGCGGCGAGUCCCAUCUGCACUGGGAGGUUCACAACGCGGCCUUUUCUUUCAGCCAACCUCGCUUCGACGUUCGAGGUAGACUUGGAGAGAUUAAAACUCCCACCUUGGUAGUUGUGGGAAGUCAUGACGUCGUCUGUCCUCUGGAAGAGGCUGAGGAUAUUAGCAGGGGAAUUCCCAACAGCGAGUUGGUUGUAUUUGAUCACUCGGGACAUAACCCGGCAGCUGAUGAACCGGAGAAGUUUCAAAAGGUUGUCCUCGGGUUCUUGGAGAAGCUUUGA